UCUCUCUCUCUCGCUCUCUCUAGACCACGUGAUAAUCGGAUGUCACUCUCAUGUCCCUGUUUCGGUUACUAGGGAGGAGAGACGGUCCAUGGCAACGCUUUACUGAAACUCUAACUGAGCAAGAGAGAAAAACGCGAGACGAGGCUUGAUCUCACAACGGUGGAAGGACAGCGAACCGAACACUGCUGGAAACUUUAAUCUGAUUUCUCAGAGGAUUUGUAUCCUCUCGCCUGAUUGAGGACUGCGCGUUUCAUACAAACCGGAGUUAUUACAGUUUGACAUCAUCGGUUCGGUUCACCUUGCCGCCGGCCAGGUCACUUAGAGAGAGUGCGAGACCGGGAUCCACAGACCGCGCUGCCGGGACAAGCGCUGCGUGUGUCCGCAGACAGACGCCCAGCACCAGCGUUCACAACUUCAAACGUCAGGCUGUUUCUGAAAUUCUCCGUGAAAGUGACUGUUAUGUGAGUCCCUUAAAGGCUUUAAAUAACAUACUUAAAUAAUAACUAUAAAAAGGGAAUCUAAUUACAAUUUGGAAACUACUUUGACACCCAUUUUCUGAAAAGUUCCACAUAAAAAAGGCACAAUUAAUAUUUAUUCCUGUUACAGUUCCAACCAUUUCUACAACUACUACUACUAUUAUUACUACUACUACUACUAUUAUUAUUAUUAUUAUUAUUAUUACUACUAUUACUAUUAUUAUUACAACCUGUUCCAUAGCUUGUAAUUUUUAAAAGAAACUCCGAACCAUUUCAAUUGAAGUGACACAAAGAUUCACAAUGGCUCUUUGCUGGUAUCACCAUUGUAUUUGCUGACGUUGGACCUUGUUUUGGGACUGAAAGGAAGCCGUCUUGUAGUCAGAGCACCAUGUGUUGCUAUACUGGCUCUGUCACCACUGGGUCAAUCUUACCAAGUGAAACUGACACGGGGAGGGAAGGCCAACCCCACAGAAUGCCUCAUCGUCUUAUCCCGUCCUGAAACACAAACUCUUGCUUCAAACAGCGGAGGGAAUGGGCAACUCGUCUCGAAAAGAGGCAGAGGAGGUCCUUGAGGACGAAGAGCUGCCGCUCGGUGUCGAUAAACUCUUGGCAAGUGGAGACCCGGUGUUGGACUUGAGUUACUACAAGUUCCGCCGGCUUCCUCGUCAAGUCUCGGAUCUGCAACAUCUGGAGAAGCUCUACGUUUGUGGAAACCGUCUUCGUGACAUCCCCAAAUGUAUCGUGCAGCUGCAAGGCUUGCGCACCUUGGCGCUCGAUUUCAAUAAGCUUGAUGACAUCCCGUUGUCGGUGUGCCAGCUGACCAAUCUCACCUGUCUCUACCUGGGCAGCAACCGGUUGAUGAGUUUGCCUCCAGAAGUGAGGAACCUUCAGAGCUUACGCUGCCUUUGGGUUGAAAGUAACUACUUCCAGCGAUUCCCCAAGCAGUUAUAUGACCUUCCCCAUCUACGCUCAUUGCAAUUCGGGGACAACCGACUACGCACGCUGCCUUCGGACUUAUGGCGCAUGGAGGCCUUGCGAGGACUCUGGCUGUACGGAAACCGCUUCCAGGAGUUUCCACGCGUGCUCCUCAAGAUGGAGCAACUGGAGAUCCUGGAUUUGGACCGUAAUCGGAUAUCGGAGUUCCCCAACUUGCAUCAUCUUCCAGCGCUGCAGCUCUUCUCCUAUGACCACAACCCUGUCAAGGAGCCACCACGUGUGGGGGAGGAGGUGUUAAUUGUUGGCGAAGGGGCUGAGGAGGUCCUACAGGAUAGAGACAGAAGGAAAGAGGCAAAAGAGCGUGCAGAGAAGGAGGCGGAGGAUGUGGCAGCCGCGGCUGCAGCGGCAGCUAACCCCGUUAUUCAUGGAAUACUUAAGAAACUUCGAAUGAGCUCCGCUCUUAACCUAGCAGCUGCUAAGGAGAAAGAAACAAAUGGCGCAAUUCCAUCAUCAGCCACGGAGGGCAAUGAAGAUGAACCACAAAGUAAAGAUGAAUGGGCGGAGUCUGAGAGACAAGGUGUGACGCUUGAUGAGGCAGAGCUUGGGUAUGAGGAGGAGGGCCUAGGGUAUGAAUGGGAGGAGCUAAUAUAUGAGGGGGAGGGCUAUGAAGGGUAUGAAGGGGCAGGGUUAGAGUAUGAAAGAGCAGAAAUGGAUUAUGUCUAUGAAGGGGAGGAGCUGGAGGAACACGCACAAGGGGGAGGAGCUUGAUAUUUGCACGUCUUCAAUGAGUUUUUGGAGCUUACUGUUUAGCGAUCUGGACUGUUAGUGCAAAGGUUGCAGGUUCAACCCCAAGUUAAGAUGAACUGGAGCAUUAAAGAUAGAUACUGGGCCCAUAUAAUUGUACUUAAAGGAAUAGUUUUAAAGCACCAAAUUUAACACAGUGUUACAAGUUUUGCCUCUGAAUUUGGAUGUUAUGCAUUUGAAUGACUGUCAAUUAGUAACAAAACGUUUCAAAUACACAUUAUGUCCGUAAGUUAUGAAAUGGCAUCACUCAAAUCCCACAAAUCAAAGGCGAAGUGUGUAAUUUCUACAUGGCAAGCAACACCAAAUGGAAUUGCAAGUUGUUAGUUUGAGCGGGCCAAUUGAGACGGGACUAUCUGUUUUUCCAAAACGAUGGCAGAUGUGGCAAGUAUUUGAAAAUGGUUUGAAACAGUAAAUAAUAUUGCAAUUCUGUUGGGUGCCACUAGUGAUGCAGAAAUGACACAUUUCAUUGUUAAAUGUUGAGUUUGCAACAGUUUUUUUUUUUUUUCACAGAAGACAGUGUUGCUAUUAUAAGAAAGCACUUAUUGUUGGCCGGACCUGGCUGCGAUCCUCAAACACAGGGCUUUCUUUCGUAAUUGCAGGGUUUAACGAUUUAAGAAUUCUUAUUCAAACAAUCAAGUAUGAAGACCUGUGAAACUGCACAAAUUUGAUGCAUCAAAACUGUUACUGUGUGCUGUAUACUUUUAAUUAAGAGCAGGGCUCUGACAUUUUUUGUUUAUUUAGUGUGUGUGCAACUCUACUCCUGACAUGGGUGUACUGUUUAUAAGAAACUUGAUACUGCAAUUGCAGCGAUGUGUGUUGGUGAAACCAAAUAUACUCUUAUUAAAUAAGCAAUGAGUUUGACAAA